UGUUUGCUUCUGGCUGUGAUAUUAGCUUUAGCCACGUUUGACUUACUUUAUUUUAACUAAUCGGAAUAUAAAAACGCUUCUUUGAAGGCUUCCCGAGGAGGAGGAUAACAAUGGUUUUCACGAGACAGUGACAUGAAUAUUGUUUUCUGUUUUCUGGAAUCAGCGGAGGUUAAAUAUUAAAUAUUAGCUAGCUCGUUCAUUAGCAUUAGCGACACCUAGCUAGAUAGUUAACACUCGGUAACAGGAGAGGAAAAUGGCAGCAGGGAAGAUGUGCGUCAGGGAGAACAAGGAGGAAACUGCAGAGUGGACAGGGUUGUUCCUGAACGACCUGAGAACCAGGCAGGAGUCCCUGGUCUUUGUCAAGAGGAUGAUGGCUGUGGCCGUCUCCUCCAUCACUUAUCUCAGAGGGAUCUUUCCAGAGGAAGCCUACAGAUCCAGAUAUCUGGAAGAUUUGUGUGUCAAAGUUCUACGUGAAGACUGCAACAGGCCUGGUGCCAGCAAAGUUGUGAAAUGGAUGAUGGGCUGCUUUGAUGCCAUAGAAAAGCAGUAUCUCCAGAUUGUGUUCAUCGGGGUGUACACCAAUCCAGAUGAACCCAAUUGCAUUAUUGAGUCUUACCAGUUCAAAUUCAAAUACACUGAGAAGGGACCAGAGAUGGACAUACUCAGGAACAAUGACAUGAAGAUGCAGGUGACGUUGGAGGACACCAAGAGAGCAUCGGUUCUGCUCAUCAGGAAGCUCUUCCUGCUCAUGCAGAACCUAGACGCCCUUCCCGAUAACGUCUACCUCACCAUGAAGCUCUACUACUAUGAUGACAUCACUCCUGCUGAAUACCAGCCACCGGGCUUCAAGGAGGGUGAAUGUGACAGUCUGUGGUUUGAAGGCAUGGCUGUGCACUUCAAGGUGGGGGAGGUGCAGACGGCCUUCCACAACUUGAGAGUCCGAGUGUCGGCCGAACAAGGCCGCAUGGAGAGAAUUCAGGAAGGCAAUCAGCUGAGGGAGACCAAGCAGGUUUCUCAGAGAAAUCCCUCAGCGAGGCGAAUGAUCAAGACUCCUCCAACGAAAACAUACAAUGAAGAAGAUCUACCCUCUGAAGAUGAGUCUGCACAGUUCAAGAAACCCACCAGACCUGUGGCAAAGAGACAAGCAGCUGCCAAAAAUCCGACAAGGAAGAAAAAAAGAACUUAGUCAAGAAGACAAGAGCACAAGUCCAAC